CGUAGACUGCACAUCACAUUCCAGCCACUGCAGCUGCCGCACCAUGGGGAACGCAUUUAUCCCCAAGCGCCGCACGAAGCGAGGGUCACGGGUGCUCACUCGCGGGUUGCAUCCUUGCCGUAUCGAAACUCCACUUCAUGGGAUGGGGCCAGCUGGGGCAGGACUCUAUCAGCUUGUAUUUGAGGCUCAGAUCGCCCCGUGGAACCUGUAUAUUGGUUAGCUUUUCCUUGGGGGGUGUUUUCAUCACACCGUAUCGAUCAUCCGUCUGCAAAUCGGACUGCAGAACAGAAACCUAACGACUCAACACGAUGCGUCACCAACCGAAUUGCUACUACUGCACGCUCGGCGCCGCGCCCUCGGGCAGCCCCCGCGACAUCCGCGUGGCGUAUUUCGCCGCGUCCCGGUUGGCACAUCCGGAUCGUUGCCCCGCGUCGAAGAAGAGGGAGUGUACUCAGCUUUUCCAGAAGGUGGCUUUGCACUAUGUGAUGGGGUGGUGGCUGUGGCGACCUGACGGAGAAAAAAAGGUCAACGAAGCAUAUCAGUGCCUCAGCAAUCCCGAGAGUAGGAGAAACUAUGAGAUCAGAUGUGGGUUUAGUGGGAUUAAGGGAGAACAGUGGGAUCUUGAACAUGAGCGCAACAAGAACGCCGAGCAGAAGGCGGCUUCAGCGCAGAGGGAGAAACAGAGAAAGGCGAGCGACGCAGCCAAGAACGCGGCGGCCAACGAGAACCCGAAGACGAGGGCCGAGGAGAUAUUCGACAUGCUUUUUGGGAAGUUGAAGAAUAACGAGGCGCUGCCGAAGAAGAUGGAGGAGAGCCGGCGGAGAGAGGCCGAGGAGAUAAGAAGAACAGAGGAGAAAAUACGGAAGGAGGAGCAGGAGGCCGAGGAGAUAAGAAGAACAGAGGAGGAAAUACGGAAGGAGGAGCAGGAGGCCGAAAAGCUCAGAAGAACAGAGGAGGAAAGACCCAAGAAGGAGGACUCAGACUCAUCCUCAGACGAGAGUGAAGAUGAAAACGCAGACUCAUCCCCAGACGAGAGCGAAGAUGAAAACGCAGACUCAUCCUCAGACGAGAGCGAAGAUGAAAACGCAGACUCAUCCUCAGACGAGAGCGAAGAUGAAAACGCAGACUCAUCCUCAGACGAGAGCGAAGAUGAAAACUCAGACAAAGAUAAAGCGGCCAGGAAGGCACAAAGAAAGCGGAUCAAGAAGGAGUGGAUGAAGGCCGAGGCUGAAUGGGAGAGGCAGAUAGAGGAUAGGAAGAGGGAGGAGAGGAGGAGAGAGGAGAGGAGGAGAGAGAAGAGGGAGGAAGAGGAGAGGGAGGAGGAGAGGAGGAGAGAGGAGAGGAAGAAAGAGGAGAGGGAAGAGGAGAGGAGGAGAGAGGAGAGGAAGAAAGAGGAGAGGGAAGAGAAAAGGCGGAAUCGACGCCAAUUGGAGUUCGAAUAUCCGACACCAUAUUUCUCCAGCAGAGGCUGUCCUCCCAGCACUUCGAGUGGUGCCCGGUGGUCGCGCGAAGAGGAGAUAUUCAUGAAGACUCAAAGGACGGCCGGUCUUUCAUGGUACAAUGUUGCGGUGGCGGUGAAUGACAGAUUUCACACUGGCCGCUCGGUCAGUGCCUGUUCAUCCAAGUGGUACGCAUGCCGCUAAGAACUGUAAAUUAGACUCGUGUGCGUAUCGGAUUAACACUGUGAGCUGGCUCAGCGUGUUGAUGCUGUAUUGGAUGAUUCGGAGAAGAUGGCUUGGAGUAUGGGGGGUUUCUCACAUUUAGUUAGCGUUCAUCGCUGUUUCUCGCGCUCAUGUAUUUACUGGAAUUGUACGUACAUAUGUUCAUCGAAGCACGUGUCAUACAAUCGGCACUCUACACU